GUAAAGUUUGAUUCUUGUGGGUUUUGUUUACUCAUGAUGAUUCUCCAAUGGUAAAGGUAUUGGCUUGGAUUGAACUUGGGUUUGGUUGAAAUCUGUUAAAGUUUAGUUCUUUCUCCAUUUGAUGGAGUCUUGGCGCUGUUCUUCUGAAGGGAAGAGUUUUGCACCUGAUGAAACAGUUUCUCAUACUGAUUCACUUGCUAGAAAUAGAAGUGCUUUGAUGGGUUGUGAUUUGAAAAUCCCAUGUACUUUUGAAAGUCAAGGUUUUGGGGAAUUGGGUUUGCCAGAAAUGUUGGGCAAACAUCUACCAAGAAGUACAACAAGUAUGGGUUCCCCAAAUCCAUUUUUUAGGGAAGAUGAAUCCUCUUCAAAGCUUUCAAGCUCUGCUGUUGAAUCCAACAGCAGGGAUUAUUCACUCUUUGAUUUGAAACUAGAUGCUUAUACUUCUAAGUCAACGAAAGGAGCUUCCCUUUUUUCUUCAUCCGAGUCAUCUACACCUAUGAAGAGAAUGAGGGUAUCAGGGGUGUACUCCCAGACUGCUUAUUGCCAGGUUCAUGGCUGCAACAAGGACCUCAGCUCCUCUAAGGACUACCACAAGAGGCAUAAAGUUUGUGAGGCUCACUCGAAGACCGCCAAAGUUAUUGUCAAAGGCAUAGAACAGAGGUUUUGUCAGCAAUGUAGUAGGUUCCAUUUGCUGGCUGAAUUUGAUGAUGGUAAGCGCAGCUGUCGUAAACGCCUUGCCGGACACAAUGAGCGCCGGAGAAAGCCUCAAGUUAAUAUUCAUUCUGGAAGAGAUGGGAGGUUGCUUCAGCCAUAUAACGGCAGCAGUUUUCCAGGGACUAUGUUCACAGCUGCGUCUUUCGUCUGCCAAGAUAUACUCCCUAGUAGCAUUUUGGAUGCUGAGAAUUACAGAACAAGUGACUGGCGCAGGCGUGUAAAAGUGGAAGGUGGCACUCAGCAUAGGCCUUUGUCAGGGGUGCCUGAAACAAAUGGGCAACUGCAUUUGAAACCAGUCUUUUCUUAUGAUAUUGGAAAACAUUGUCCACCAGCUCAUGUAGAUGACACCAAUAAUCUUCCUAGUGGAAGCAUACUCAGUGAGACUGGUAGUCAGUAUCCACAUGAUACGAGAAGCUUAAAUUCUGGUUCACGUUCUAUUUAUAAUGAGGGUGCAUUAGGAAGUGAAGGCUUCAAUGAUUUCCACACAACAGCAACAACCGUGCAACAAUUAUCGCGCAUUCCAGAGUCCGGUUGUGCUCACUCUUUUCUGUCAUCUCAAUCACAGAACUCUACAAGCUAUGCUUCGGGAAUUCCUAUUGCUCACCCCUCAGUAAUGCCAGUCAGCCAAACACAUUACAACCCCAGCCAAGUUUCUGAUAAACUUUGUUCUCAGGGUUCCACAAGUGGGGUGUCAAAUAAAUUUCCUUCUUCGGGGGGUCCCAUGACGAUAUCUAAUGGAAGAGAUGCUAAUGAUUUUGGAACAAAUGGGAUUUUCCAAGGAUCACAGUUUUUGAACACCAAAUAUCGUCUAUCAUGUGAUGGUGGGACUACUGUUGACUUGCUUCAACUUUCCUCAGAGCUUCAACGAGUUGAUGAUCAACGGCAUUCCCUGCAGGUGAAGCAGGAAUAUGACGCUUUCUGCUGCCUCCAAAGUCCGAAUCAUGUAAAGUGAUCUGCAAAUAAGGUAAUUGGAUUAGUAAAUUUGAUUUUACUGUGAUGACUCGAGCACUAUCCUCAGUAUUUGCUUUUACUUUGAAGU